GUGGCGGAGGGGAAGCGGCGCCGCUGAGGGGCCCGAGCGGGACCGGGAUCGGGAAUUUGGGAUCGGGAAUUGGGAUCGGGAUCGAGAACCGCCAUCGGCAUCGGGAAGCGGCAGCGGCAGCCGGGGAGCGCCCCCCGCGCGCAGCUCCAGCCCUCCCCACCAUGGGGGACAUGAAAACCCCCGACUUCGACGACCUCCUGGCCGCCUUCGACAUCCCGGACAUCGACGCCAACGAAGCCAUCCACUCCCACCACGAGGAUCCCGACUCCCACAAACCCCAACCCAUCCCCGGCGAUCCCGGCGCCGCCGGCGCCGCCGAGCCCGUCCUGCCCCACCCCGACAUCUCCGCCGUCAGCGUCAUCGUCAAGAACACCGUGUGCCCCGAGCAGCUGGAUUCCCUGGAUUCCCGAGGCAAAGAUGGGCACCCCAGGCUGCUCCAGAACGGGUUUGGCGUUUCCGACGGCGCCCGGUCGCCGAACCCGCGCGGGGCGGAGGCGCCGGCCAACGGGGAGUGCUGGGGGAAGGAGAAGAACGCCAAGGCCUUGGAUCUGUUCUCGCAUUUCAGCCCCGACCCCAACGAGGACGGCGCCAACCUGAUCGACCGCUCGCGGGAGUGCAAAGCCAAGGAGAAAUCCUUGGCUGGGCCUUCCCUGGCGGCGUCCCCCACGCCAUCCUCCGUGGAUUGCAAGGAAUCCUUGGGAGAAACCGCGGAGGGUUUGGAUCCCGCUUGGGCUGGGGAUGGAUCCCACCCCGCUCCCCGCAUCAAGAAGGAGGAGUCGGACUCGGAGGAGGCUCCGGGCAGGAGCUGCAGCCCCAAGGGGUUGGUGCUGGAUCACCUCAAAUCCGUCACCGUGCGUUAUUCCGCCGAGGAUUCUCCGGCGGCGGCGCCGUGGCCGGGCUCGGAUCCCGCCGGCGACGCCGCGGCCGAGCUCAAGCGCUCGCCGGGGAGCCCUCGGGAAUCCUUCUCCUCUCCUGGCAUCCCCAUCCCUCCUUCUUCUUCCCCCAAACUCCUGAAGGAGGAGAUGCUGGAGAAAUCCCUGAGGAGCCCCCCAAGCGCUUCCAGCGGCGAGGAGGAGGAGGAGGAGGAAGAGGAGGAGGAGGAAAGCACCAACUCGCCGUCCUCCAGCUCCUCGCGGCCGCUCAAGGUGCGCAUCAAAACCAUCAAAACCUCCUGCGGCAGCAUCACCAGGACGGUCACCAGGGUGAGCUCGGACUCUGAGCCGCCCUCCACCAAAACCCCCGGCGAGCAGAACUCCCAGGAAACCCCGGAAUGUCCCGGCGUGGGCACUGAGACAACACCCAAGGAAAAAUCAGAUCUCUCCAGCCCUUCAAAAACCCCAGAAGGGCCCAAAAUCGUCAGCGUGCAGCUGGGCAACGGCACCAAGCUCAAGGGCACGGUGCUGCCCGUGGCCACCAUCCAGAGCGCCAGCAGCGCCAUGCUGAUCGCCGCCAGCGUGGCCCAGCAGAAAUCCGUGGUCCUCCCUGCCAAGAGCGGCAAAUCCGUGGCGAAAAACAUCCUGAACCUGGUGCCCCAACCCCUCCCCAAGAGCGACGGCCGCGCCAACGGCGCCGCCAAACCCAACGGCGCCGCGCCGCCCAAAGCCGCGCCCGGCGUGGCCGGCACCGUCAUCUCCCGCAGCCAAUCCAGCCUGGUGGAGGCCUUCAACAAAAUCCUCAACAGCAAGAACCUGCUGCCCACCUACAAACCCAACCUGAGCCCUCCCGCCGAGUCCAGCCUGGCGCUGCCGCCGCUGGGUUACCGCUGCCUGGAGUGCGGCGACGCCUUCGCGCUGGAGAAGAGCCUGGCGCGCCACUACGACCGGCGCAGCAUGCGCAUCGAGGUCACCUGCAACCACUGCACCAAGCGCCUGGUGUUCUUCAACAAGUGCAGCCUGCUGCUGCACGCCCGCGAGCACAAGGACAAGGGGCUGGUGAUGCAGUGCUCGCACCUGGUGAUGCGGCCCAUCGCGCUGGAGCAGAUGAUCGGCCAGCCCGACGUCACCCCGCUGGCCUCGCUGGCGCUGCCGGCCGGCAGGGUGGCGCAGGAGGCGGCGGGGCCGGCGCAGGAGGCGCCGGUGCUGCCGCUGGGCUCGGAGCAGAGCAGCUACAGCUGCUUCAGGUGUUUGGAGUGCAAGGAGCAGUGCAAGGACAAGGCGGGGCUGGCGGCGCAUUUUCAGCAGGUGGGGGUGGCCACCAGCAGCAGCAGCACGGUGUGCUCGGCGUGCCCCAUGAUCCUGUCGAACCGCUGCAGCUUCAGCGCGCACCAGCGCAUGCACCGCAGCCGCCCGCCCCACGUCUGCCCCGAGUGCGGCGGCAACUUCCUGCUGGCCAACUUCGAGGGGCACCUCAAGGACUCCUGCCUGCACUUCUCCCGCAGGGUGGGCUACAGGUGUCCCAGCUGCUCGGUGGUGUUCGGGGGAGUGAAUUCCAUCAAGUCCCACAUCCAGAGCUCGCACUGCGAGGUUUUCCACAAAUGUCCCAUCUGCCCCAUGGCCUUCAAAUCCGCCCCCAGCGCCCACGCCCACGUCUACACCCAGCACCCAGGCUUCAGCAACCAGCAGUCCAAGAUGAUCUACAAGUGUGCCAUGUGUGACACGGUGUUCACCCACAAGCCGCUGCUCUCGUCGCACUUCGACCAGCACCUGCUGCCCCAGCGCGUCAGCGUCUUCCGCUGCCCGCAGUGCCCGCUGCUCUUCGCCCAGAAACGCACCAUGCUCGAGCACCUCAAGAACUCCCACCAAGCCCCGAAAUCCAAGGACGACUCCUCCAAGAAAUCCCCGGCCCUGCUGACGCCCAAACCCGAACCCCUGGACCCUUCCCUGCCCAAAAACUCCGAGGAAUCCUCGAGCUCCUCGGAGGAGGAGGAGGAGCCCCCGAGCUCCCCCGAGCUCAGGAAGCCCAAACGGAGCCGAUUCCAGCGCAAAUCCGGGAGCAAAGCCAAGGGCGGCGGCUGGAGCUGCGGCGUCUGCCACUCGUGGUUCCCCGAGAGGGACGAGUACGUGGCGCACAUGAAGAAGGAGCACGGAAAGUCAGUGAAGAAGUUCCCGUGCCACCUGUGCGAGCGCUCCUUCUGCUCGGCGCCGAGCCUGCGGCGCCACGUCCGCGUCAACCACGAGGGCAUCAAACGGGUCUAUCCCUGCAGGUACUGCACAGAGGGCAAGAGGACGUUCAGCAGCCGCCUGAUCCUGGAGAAACACAUCCAGGUGCGCCACGGCCUCAAGGGCACCGACCCCGCGCGCAGCCAGGAGGUGCUGACGGCCCGGGGACCCGGCCAGGCUGCGAGCCGCAAGCGCCGCCUCUCCUCGGACGACUCCUGCAGCGAGGAGCCCGACAGCACCACCCCGCCCUCGCAGUCGGCGCCGUUCCGCUGCAGGAAAUGCGGCUUCCAGGCUGCCACGCGCGCGGAAUUCCAGGCGCAUCUCCCGCAGCACCGCGACCGCGGUGGCACCAACGCAGCGCAGCAAUGCCGCGAUUGCGGGCUGUGCUUCGCCUCGCCCGGCUCGCUCGGCCGCCACCGCUUCAUCUCGCACAAAAAGCGCAGAGGGGCCGAGGAGGGCGCGGGAGCCGGGGGGGAUCCGGGCGGGAAUGGCGCGGCGGAGCCGGGAACGGGAACGGGAACGGGAACGGGAGGGGAAGGGGGAGGAUCCAGGCUGGAGUGCAAAGUGUGCGGGAGGGGAUUCGAGAGCCAGCUCAACCUGAAAACGCAUUUCAGGACGCACGGGAUGGCGUUCAUCCGCGCCCGGCAGGGCAACGAGGAGAACUGAGAAAUCCCUGGAAUGAUUGGGAAUUCUGGGAAUUCUGGGAAUUCUGGGAAUGGCGUUCAUCCGCGCCCGGCAGGGCAACGAGGAGAACUGAGAGUUCUAGAGAGUUCCUGGGAUUCUGGGAAUUCUGGGAAUGGCUUCAUCAGGGCCCGGCAGGGGAAUGAGGAGAACUGAGAAUUAUUCCUGGGAUUCUGGGAAUUCUGGGAAUGGCUUCAUCCAGGGCAGGCUGAGGAGAACUGAGGGUUCCCAGGGAAUUCUGGGAAUUCAGGAAUUCUGGAAAUGGCUUCAUCCGCGCCCGGCAGGGCAACGAGGAGAACUGAGAGUUCUAGAGAAUUCCUGGGGAUUCUGGGAAUUCUGGGAAUGGUGUUCAUCCGUGCCCGGCAGGGCAACGAGGAAAACUGAGAGUUCUAGAGAAUUCCAGGGAUUCCGCAAAAAUCUGGGAAUGGUGUUCAUCCGCGCCCAGCAGGGCAACGAGGAGAACUGAGGGUUCCAGAGAAUUCCAGGGAUUGGGAAUUCUGGGAAUGGCUUCAUCAGGGCCCAGCAGGGGAAUGAGAACUGAGAGUUCCAGGGAAUUCCUAAAAAAUCUGGGAAUUCUGGGAAUUCUGGGAAUGGUGUUCAUCCGCGCCAGGCAGGGCAACGAGCAGAACUGAGAAUUCUAGAGAGUUCCUGGGAUUCUGGGAAUUCUGGGAAUCUGGGAAUUCUGGGAAUGGUGUUCAUCUGGGCCAGGCAGGGGAACAAGGAGAAUUGAGAAUUAUUCCUGGGAAUUCUGGGAAUUUUGGAAAUCUGGGAAUGGUGUUCAUCCAGGCCAGACAGGGGAAUGAGGAGAACUGAGGGUUAUUCCUGGGAAUUCCCAAAAAAUCUGGGAAUUCUGGGAUUCCUAAAAAUCUGGGAAUUCAGGAAAUCUGGGCCUGGCAGAGGAAUGAGGAGAACUGAGAGUUCCAGGGAUUGGGAAUUCCCAAAAAUCUGGGAAUGGCUUCAUCCAGGCCUGGCAGGGGAAUGAUGAGAACUGAGGGUUCCAGAGAGUUCUGGAAUUCUGGGAAUUCAGGAAACCUGGGAAUGGUGUUCAUCCGCGCCCGGCAGGGCAACGAGGAGAACUGAGAGUUCUAGAGAGUUCCUGGGAUUCUGGGAAUUCUGGGAAUGGCUUCAUCAGGGCCAGGCAGGGGAAUGAGGAGAACUGAGAAUUCCAGGGAAUUCUGGGAAUUCUGGGAAUGAGAAUUACCAAAAUCCUGGGAAUGGCGUUCAUCCGCACCCGGCAGGGGAAUGAGGAGAACUGAAAAUUCCUGGGAAUUCUGGAAUUCUGGGAAUGGCUUCAUCCGGACCUGGCAGGGGAAUGAGGAGAACUGAGGGUUCUAGAGAGUUCCUGGGAAUUCUGGGAAUUUUGGAAAUCUGGGAAUGGCUUCAUCCAGGGCAGGCUGAGGAGAACUGAGAGUUCCAGGGAUUGGGAAUUCUGGGAAUGGCUUCAUCCAGGGCAGGCUGAGGAGAACUGAGAUUCCAGGGAUUGGGAAUUCUGGAAUUCAAGAAAUCUGGGAAUUCUGGGAUUGAUGUUCAUCCGGGCCAGGCAGGGCAACGAGGAGAACUGAGAGUUCUAGAGAAUUCUGGGAAUGGCUUCAUCCAGGGCAGGCUGAGGAGAACUGAGAGUUCCAGAGAAUUCUAGGAAUCUGGGAAUUCUGGGAAUUCGGGGAAUGGCGUUCAUCCGCGCCCGGCAGGGCAACGAGGAGAACUGAGAGUUCUAGAGAGUUCUGGGAAUUCUGGGAAUUCUGGGAUUGGCGUUCAUCCGCACCCGGCAGGGCAAUGAGGAGAACUGAGAGUUCCAGGGAUUGGGAAUUCCCAAAAAUCUGGGAUUGGUGUUCAUCCAGGCCUGGCAGAGGAAUGAGGAGAACUGAGGAUUCCUGGAUUCUGGGAAUUCUGGGAUUCUGGGAAUGGAUUCAUCUGGACCAGGCAGGGCAACGAGGAGAACUGAGAAUUAUUCCUGGGAUUCUGGGAAUUCCCAAAAAUCUGGGAAUGGCUUCAUCCAGAGCAAGCUGAGGAGAACUGAGAGUUCCAGAGAAUUCUGGGAAUGGCGUUCAUCCGCGCCCGGCAGGGCAAUGAGGAGAAUUGAGAGUUCUAGAGAGUUCCAGGGAUUGGGAAUUCCUAAAAAUCUGGGAAUUCUGGGAAUGGUGUUCAUCCGCGCCAGGCAGGGGAAUGAGGAGAACUGAGAUUCCUGGGAAUUCGCGAAAAUCUGGGAAUUCUGGGAUUCCCAAAAAUCUUGGAAUGGUGUUCAUCAGGGCCAGGCAGGGGAAUGAGGAGAACUGAGGGUUCUAGAGAGUUCUGGGAUUCUGGGAAUUCUGGGAAUGGCGUUCAUCCGCGCCCGGCAGGGAAACGAGGAGAACUGAGAAUUUCUGGGAUUCUGGGAAUUCUGGGAAUGGUGUUUAUCUGGGCCAGGCAGGGGAAUGAGGAGAAUUGAGAAUUAUUCCUGGGAAUUCUGGGAAUCUGGGAAUGGCUUCAUCAGGGCCAGGCAGGGGAAUGAGGAGAACUGAGGGUUCUAGAGAAUUCUGGGAUUCUGGGAAUUCUGGGAAUGGCGUUCAUCCGCGCCCGGCAGGGCAACGAGGAGAACUGAGGGUUCUAGAGAAUUCCAGGGAUUGGGAAUUCUGGGAAUGGCUUCAUCAGGGCCAGGCAGGGGCUGAGAAGAACUGAGAAUUCC